UCUCCCGCCGCCCGCUCGCCGCCCGUCUCCGGCGCCCGAGAGCGGGAGAAAGUCCUGCUGGUGGGCGGCCGCGGGGCUGCGCGCGUCCGGCAUCCCGGGGCCGCUCCGGCCCGGGCGGCGAGGGGGUCCGGCGGUCCAUGCAUCCGCCGCCGCCCGCCGCCGCGAUGGAUUUCAGUCAGAACAGCCUGUUCGGCUACAUGGAGGACCUGCAGGAGCUCACCAUCAUCGAGAGGCCGGUCCGCCGGAGCCUCAAGACACCAGAAGAAAUAGAAAGACUGACAGUUGAUGAAGACCUCAGUGAUAUUGAAAGGGCUGUUUAUCUACUCAGUGCUGGUCAAGAUAUCCAAGGAACAAGUGUGAUUGCAAAUCUUCCAUUUCUGAUGCGACAGAACCCUGCUGAGACACUUCGGAGAGUUUUGCCGAAAGUUAGAGAAGCCCUGCAUGUUGCAGGCGUGGAAAUGCAGUUAACAGCUGCGGUAUCGUUUUUGACCAUUCUACAGGAAGAAUCAGUGUCAAUCCAUACAUAUGCCCACUCCUUCCUCCAAGUCAUUCUACUACAUCUGGAGCACAGGGAUGCAGGUGUCAGCAAUGCAUGGCUGGAAACUCUUCUGUCUGUGAUAGAAGUAUUGCCCAAAGAAACCCUAAGGCAUGAGAUUUUGAAUCCACUUGUUUCCAAGGCACAACUUUCCCAAACAGUCCAGUCUCGUUUAGUUAGUUGUAAAAUUUUAGGAAAAUUGACCAACAAAUUUGAUGCCCUUGCCAUUAAAAGAGAAAUACUUCCCUUGGUAAAAUCACUCUGUCAAGAUGUGGAAUACGAAGUCCGAUCUUGCAUGUGUCGGCAAUUAGAAAACAUAGCUCAGGGCAUUGGGACAGAACUUACAAAAAGUGUGGUGCUCCCUGAAUUAAUAGAACUUUCUAGGGAUGAAGGCAGCAGUGUGCGGCUUGCAGCUUUUGAAACUUUGGUUAAUCUGCUCGACAUAUUUGAUACAGAUGACAGAAGUCAAACUAUACUUCCCUUAGUGAAAGCGUUUUGUGAAAAAUCUUUCAAAGCAGACGAAUCAAUUCUUAUUUCCCUAUCUUUCCAUUUAGGAAAACUAUGCCAUGGACUAUAUGGAAUUUUUACUCCAGAUCAACACUUGAGAUUUUUGGAGUUUUAUAAGAAACUUUGUACAUUGGGUUUGCAACAGGAAAAUGGACACAAUGAAAACCAGAUUCCACCCCAGAUCUUAGAGCAGGAGAAGAAAUACAUUUCAGUACGGAAGAACUGUGCUUAUAACUUUCCGGCCAUGAUUGUUUUUGUUGAUCCUAAAAACUUCCACAUGGAACUCUAUUCUACAUUCUUCUGCCUUUGUCAUGACCCCGAAGUACCAGUCAGAUACACUAUUGCUAUUUGCUUUUAUGAAGUAUCUAAACUUCUGAAUUCUGGAGUAUAUUUAAUACAUAAAGAACUAAUAACAUUAUUACAAGAUGAAUCAUUGGAGGUACUAGAUGCUCUCAUAGAUCAUCUUCCAGAAAUCCUGGAACUUAUGUCUGCUGGUGGAGAAAGCAGUGUUCAAGAAAAUAAGUUAUCAUCUCUGCCUGACUUGAUUCCAGCGCUCACAGCUGCUGAGCAGCGAGCCGCAGCCUCUUUAAAGUGGAGAACUCAUGAGAAGCUGCUCCAGAAAUAUGCCUGUCUGCCACACAUCAUAUCAAGUGAUCAGAUUUAUUAUCGCUUCCUGCAAAGAAUGUUCACAAUCAUGAUGACAAAUAAUGUCUUACCUGUCCAAAAGGCAGCUUCACGAACUCUAUGCAUUUUCCUACGUUAUAAUCGUAAACAGGAACAGAGACACGAGGUCAUUCAAAAAUUAAUUGAACAACUGGGCCAAGGAAAAAGUUAUUGGAAUAGACUCCGAUUUUUGGAUACCUGUGAAUUUAUUAUAGAGAUCUUUUCCAAAUCAUUUUUCUGUAAAUAUUUCUUUCUACCUACUAUUGAACUGACACAUGAUCCAGUAGCAAAUGUGAGAAUGAAACUUUGCUACUUGUUGCCCAAAGUGAAAUCUACUCUGAAGAUCCCUGCAGAUAAGCAUCUACUUCAACAGUUAGAAAUGUGUGUGCGAAAACUCCUCUGUCAAGAAAAAGAUAAAGAUGUCCUGGCUGUUGUGAAAAGAACUGUGUUAGAGUUGGACAGAAUGGAAAUGUCUAUGGAUGCUUUUCAGAAAAAGUUUUAUGAAAAAGAUUUGUUGGAUCAAGAGAAAGAAAGAGAAGAGCUACUUCUUUUGGAAAUGGAACAAUUAGAAAAAGAGAAACAACAAAAUGAUGGAAGGCCCAUGAGUGAUAAAACCUUUGAAAAGAAACGUAGAGACACCAAGACACCAACAACUCUGCCCAAGAGCAUCCCUAUUUCUGUUACUGGACCCUCUUCUGGCACCCCGUCCACAAGCAAAGAAAUCAAGAAAUCCAAAUUGAUCCGAAGCCAGUCUUUUAAUAAUCAAGCUUUUCAUGCAAAAUAUGGCAACUUAGACAAAUGUUCUGGUAAAAGUUCUACAGCAGCGUAUACACCUUCUGUCUCAGGGUUAGCAAAGACUUCUAUGAUUUCACUAACUGAUGAUUCAUUCCGGACUCGUAAUGCCAGCAGUGCUCCCAGUUCCUUUUCUUCUAAUACCACCCUGUCCGGCACCUCUCGAGGGACAGGUAACUCAGCUGAUCCCAAGAGCAGUGGAAGUAAAGAUACACAACCACGGAAGGCUACCUUAAAAUCCAGAAAAUCCAAUCCUUAGAUCAUCUGCUUGAUGAAGGAGGCAAAACAAAGACAACUGGAGAUAAUGUGAUUGAUGGACCAAAGCUAAAGCAAUGGCUGGGGCUUUUUUUUUUUUUUUUUUAAUUUAACAAAUGGAAAAGAGAGAGCUACAUAACGGCAGCUGAUGUUGUUAAACGUUCCAUGUUUGAAAUUAUAUUCCCUAGGAGGAUAAUAUGUAUUUCUUGAAUAAUAAUGUGGUUGCAGAAUUCCAAUGUUAUAGUGAAGUGUAAUGAAAAACAACUUUAGGUAUGUGCUUUAACUACUGCUGCAAAAGAGAUCAGUCUGCAUUUGUUUGUGCAGGAAACCAUCCAUUUAAUUGUUCUAGAGUUUAGCAUUUAAAAAUUGUAUGAAAGGUCCAAAUCAACUGAAAUUGCCCUGCCUAGAUAAUCACUUGGAAGGGGACUUGGGAGUAAGAAAGACACUGCAUUUUCUCACAAAUCUCGAAGCCCAACUGAAAAGUCACACUGAAAACAGGGUACAAACAGCUGUCUGAAAUUAUAUCAGUCCUACGAUUGUGCUGACAAGAUGUUGUACCUGGACAUUCCGAAAUUAAAAUUUGGCAAUGAAAAUUCUACAAAGAUUUCUGAUAACUUUUAGCUACAACUACCUUAAAAAUAAUAGAUUGAUGAUUUCCUUUAUUUCCUAGAAUUUAUUUUAUAAAUACUUUGUUUACAUUUUAGAUUGUAUUUGUCCUUACUGAAUUAAAAAUGAUGAAUCUAGUUUGAAUCAGCUGUUACUCCAAGCUAUCAUGCUUAAGCUAUGUCAACAGCAUUUGUUUGUACUAAUGCUAAUAUUUCCAUCAAAACUUGCCUGUGGAACAUAUACAGUUCUUAAUUUUAAAAAUGUCAAUUCUUGAGAUACACUGUAUGAAGCUAUUGUCAGCUUCUCUAUUUCAAAAUGCAAUCAGCAUAUAACUAUAUUGAUAUUAGAAAAUAUUUGUUUUUUUAAAAUAUGUUGAUGUAUGAUGAAGAUGCUCUAAUUUGUGACUGCAUAUGCGUGUGUGGUUACUUUUUAUAAUGUGAAAUAAUGAAUAAUGAAUUUACUCAAAA